ACCCACAAAACAAAACGAGCGGGAAAGAAAUUACAUCCAGUUUUGCCCGUUAACACCUUCAUUCAUUUUUUGAACCUCUCUCUCUCUCUCUCUCUCUCUCUCUAUAUAUAUAUAUAUAUAGAUAUAUCUGUACGGAAGCAAAACCGCCAUGGCCGAUCCUUCUUCGGAAGUCCUACUUCCACCAUCAGUGGAACAAUUGAUUCAGAAAAUCUGCAUUGAACAGAACCAGACGCCGCCACACGCCGACCUGAAAAGGAAGCUGGCUGACAGAGGCGAAGAGGAAUCUCUUCGGAUCCUUAAUGAUAUCGCCCGCCAAAAAAUCAGGACAAACCUCUCUGCAUGCAUCAACCACUGGCUUAAAAAUAAUCAUCAUCAACCAAAUUCUCCUUCUUCUUCCCCUUCGAAGCCUCCAUUUGUAGCCCGUCUCUAUGGAAACCCACAAGAUUCUCUAUCGAGCACAAGCGAGGCAGUCCCUGACUUUAUGGUCACAGAGCCUCCCAGAGAAAGCGAACGAGCCGUGUUGGAAGCUUUGGGAGAGUUGCAAUUCAGAAAGCAAUUUCUUAUUUUAAGUUAUAGCGGCGGAAAAGAGCUGCAGACUGUAAUAUCAGCUGAGGAAAUCAGGAGGUUGAAAGAUUUGCCAAUGAUACAGUUUGAGCAGAGAGUAUGGCAAAGCUUGGGCCAAAGUUAUGCUCUUAGAGAAGACAGAAGAAUGUAUCCAGAUUGGGAUUGUGGAAAAACACAUAUCUACCAUUGUCAUGUUUAUCUGAAUGGGAAUACCAGUUUCAAGGGACCCUAUCUGAACAAAACAAGAACUCACCUGCAAAAGGUUUUAGGAGAUGACAAUGUUUUGAUUGUUAAAUUUGAGGAAGAGGACAAAGAUUGUCCGCUUUGUUAUUACUAUGGUGCAUAUAGCAAGAUUGCGAAAGAAGGGAUUAGUGUUGGCCUACGUCGUUAUCGUUUUUUUGUGUUUAAAGAUGGAGGCAAAGAAGAAAAGAAGAAAAAUCCAACUUCAUCACCAGUGAAAUGUUAUUUCAUUCGCUUGGAGACUGAUGCUUUUAUUGACAAAGUAGGAUCUUAUAAAUUGUCAAAUAGAACAGUUGCAGAAGCAAGAAGCUAUUUCAUGCAUGCACAUACGGUGUCUAGUGUGCCCACCUAUAUGGCCAGGCUUUCACUCAUAUUGUCAAAAACAAUCAGCCUAGAGACUGACUUAUCAUCUGUAAAUGUUGAACCAAUUAGGGAUGAAUACUGCAAGGAUGAACAUGGUAACUGUAUCUUUAGAGAUGGGGAACCUCUUGUACAUACCGAUGGCACAGGUUUUAUAUCUAAGGACUUGGCUUUAUUGUGCCCAAAGAAUUUACAGAAAGGAGAACAUCUCAGUAAAGAAGAUAAUGAGAGAAUUCUCAAUCAUGAUGAACCCAAGGACAAAGUUUUGGAGACAAAGCUAGAAUUUAAAAGUCGGGAACCGCCUUUGUUGAUACAGUUCCGUCUCUUUUACAAUGGUUAUGCUGUGAAGGGAACAUUUCUUCUGAAUAAGAAGCUUCCCCCAAGAACAAUGCAGAUUCGAGAUUCAAUGGUUAAAGUUGAGAGGGAUGAAAAUCUUUCAAAUAAUCAAACUGCAAACUCAAUGGAGAUUGUUGGAACGAGCAAUCCUCCGAAGAAAACAUAUUUGUCGAGGAAUUUGAUUGCUCUUCUAAGCCAUGGAGGAGUUCCUAACGAGUAUUUCAUGAACAUACUUCAAAAAGCUUUGCAAGACACUCAUGGUGCUUUCAGCAAUAAGCGUGCAGCACUCAGAGUUUCCUUCAACAAUGGUGAAAUUGAUGACAAUUUCGCCGUUGCAAGAAUGAUUUUAUCUGGUAUUCCUCUUGAAGAAUCAUGGUUGCAAUAUCGUCUUUCAAUACUAAUGAGAGAGGAAAAGAAGAGUCUUAGAGAAGGGAGGCUCUAUGUCCCUGAAUGUUAUUAUUUGAUGGGGACAGUUGAUCCAACUGGCAAACUUGAAAGUAAUGAAGUUUGCAUUGUGCUUGACAAUGGACAAGUUUCGGGGAAGGUACUAGUGUACAGGAAUCCUGGUCUACACUUCGGAGAUAUUCAUGUUUUAAAAGCUACCUAUGUGGAGGAGUUGGAAUCUUUUGUCGGAAAUUUCAAAUAUGCUAUAUUCUUCUCUCGCAAAGGUCCACGGUCAAUAGCUGAUGAAAUUGCUGGAGGCGAUUUCGAUGGUGACAUGUACUGGAUAUCACGCAACCCACAGCUAUUGGAAUAUUUCAAGCCGAGUGAACCUUGGAAUCCUUCUUCCUCAAUGCCGAAGGUUGCUAAUAAGAAGCCAAAUCUAUUUUCGGAUGAAGAAUUGGAUGAUGAGCUUUUUAAGCUGUUCUUGAAAGCCAGGUUUCAGCCAAGUUUUGCUAUGAGUGAGGCAGCUGAUAGCUGGUUGGCAUUGAUGGAUCGUUUUUUAAUGCUGGACAAUGAUAAUGCCGAAGAAAAGAAUGUUGUCAAGCAAAAGAUGCUUCAGUUGAUUGAUAUAUACUAUGAUGCUUUGGAUGCGCCUAAAAAAGGCGGAAAGGUUGUAGUUCCAGAUGAAUUGAAGGUGAGACAGUUUCCUCACUAUAUGGAAAAGAAAAAAUGUUAUAAGUCUACUUCCAUUUUGGGCUUAAUUUAUGAUGCUGUGAGAUCGUAUCAAGAAGAAGACCAUUCAACUGAAGAAAUCUCAAAGCUCCCAUGCUUUGAUGUUGAAGUCCCUGAAGCUUGCUAUACAAAAUGGAAUAAGCAUUAUGUCCGGUAUAGGGCUGAGAUGAGCAAUGCCUUACAAGACGAGGAUAAAGAUCGCAAAAAUGAGGCUGCUGACUGGGUCAACAACAAGUAUAAGGAGAUACUGUAUGAAGCUGAGGAAUUUGAACAAAGUGAAAGGAACAUUGAAGAUAUAUGUAAUGAGGCUCUUGCUAUAUAUAAUUUGGCAUAUGAUUAUGCUAAGAAUAAUGCAUGUGUUGGGAAAUGUGGGUUUGCUUGGAAAGUUGCAGGUCCAGCCCUUUUGAAGCUCUACGCCAUGAAGCAGAAUGAGAAAGCCUUUAUGUGUCUCCCAUCUGUACUGCGUGAACUGUUUUAGCUAAUGGAAUUGUAAUUGUGUUAAAAUUUUCAACAAAAAGAAUGUAUAUAUAUUUAUAUGUAUAUAUAUAUAUAUAUAUGUAUGUAUGUAUAUGUUGGUGUGGUGCGGAGAACAAUCAUUCAAUAAUAUAUAAGCCACAAGAAUUCUUAGUCAGAAUGGGAUUCCGACUACCAUCUUUUGAGAUUUUGGUGCUCCUUAGAGAGAGCUCAUGAUGAUAAAGUUGUGUGUUGUGUUUGGGGGAGUUAUGUAGCCAAAUUAUAGCUCUAUGAAAGUUAUCUAGCUUAUUAGUCUA